AUGGCGAGCACUGAACAAAUUCAAUCACUAGCUGCACUAGCUAGUCAAGUGCAACAGCUGACAGCACAGCUCACGUCACAGCAGCAGGAGCUGAACAACACGCGAACUGCACUAGAACAGCAGGCCCAGGCGACCAACGCCGCUCUAACAGUGGCGCGGUCGGCUGUGUCCCAGUUGACAGCCACGUCGCAGUCAACGACGUCUGCGGAACCCAAACGCAGACCACUGAAUCCCAAGUUGGUCAAUGCACCAGAAUCGUUCACCGGCAGUGAUUCUGAUUGGGAGCGAUUCAAAUUCGGUUUCACAUCGUGGAUCGGCACUGUUGAUCCUGAGUACCCCGACCUUCUCAAGUUUGCCGCUGCGCAAACAGACGAGAUCAAUCCGGCAGAGAUGAUUCCAGUUGCGAAAGUGUUGUGCGCAGACCUGUUUGCCAUUUUGGUAGGCCUUGAAGAAUGGGAAGGUGAAAUUGCAAAAUACGAACGUGAGUACAAGAAAACAUUUGAUGCAGAUCUGAAGCUCGCGAUCCUGUUUCGUUUGGACUCCACAGACAUCACCGAACCGGUGAUGGCUUUCUGCCGCACUUUGGAUGACGCCGAUUGCGACAUGCACUUCUACCGUUCACAUUUUGGCUCAAGUAGCCAUUUUGGCUCAAGCCAUUUUCGCUCAAGGCAAACAGCUCAAGCUUUUCGUGGAAACCUUUUCUUCUUGAGCCUCUGGGCCUGCUAA